CUUACUAUUAAUAAAACUUAGACAUCAAAAAUCAUAUUUUUGUAAGAAAGUGAUACUUAGUUUGCAAGAAUGAAUGCUGCAAAGUGAAACGAAUUUUUUUAGAUGUUGUAGAAUUAUCAGAAUGACUCAAGACUUUUUCCGUUGCCAGCAGUUUAAGUUAAAAUUGAGUAGAGUUGUUGGAGAAAAUUGGAGAAAUCUAGGAUUUUGGUUAAAAAUUAAUGAAACUUUUCUAAAAGCAAUUGAUGAAGACUAUUCUAAAACUAAUGACAAAGCAUACGAAAUGUUAAAGAAAUGGAUGCAACUUGAACCAACUCUUGAGGAUUUAAGAGCAGCUUUAUGUAGCAUGGAGAGAAUGGAUUUAGUUCGACAAGUAGACGAACUUAUAAAUAAUCAGCUAUCAUUUUCAAUGGGCAAUCGACAUGAAUCAACUCUAAAUGAUAAAAAACAUAUUCCAGAAAUCGUUAUCAAUAAGAAAUGCGAUAAUGUCUCAGUGGCAAUAUACACUCACAACACUUACGGUGGAGAUAAGUUAACUCAGGGAAACUAUGCUGUACUCAAUACCGCUUUACAAAAGAGAACAGAAGAAAGUGGUUUGCAGAUUACAUCAAUAACCACUCAACCAAGUACUUUUACCAAUGCAAGACAGGCUAUGGCAGAUGAUACAUCCUGUUACGAAAUUGUUGCUGAUGAACUCAAAAAUGGAAUUACAAUUAGCAGCUUUGACAUACCAUCACCUUAUCCGCAAUGUGCAGAACAGUUAGGCUUUUCACAUUUAACUUUUCUACAUGAGAAUUUUGGGGACGAAGAUUGGGUUUAUCAUCUCUUUAAAGAAAAAGAGACACUUAAAAAUUCUGACAUAGACUUAGAGGACACAUCUGCACUCCCUAUACAAGAGAUUCCAGUACUUACAAUAGUGCAAACAAGAGAGAAAGUACAACAGACAGUAAGUUCAAAAGAUGUAGCUGAAACAAAUAAAAUUGCUCAAUUAAAGAAAAUAGAGGAAGAACAUUAUAAACCAUUUAUUCGAGAACUAGCUUAUAAAAAAACUCAAGAAGAGCUAAAGGAUUUAAUAAUAGUCCUGACAGAUUUAGGGUAUUUAAAUACAAAGUUAGGAGAGUUAAUCGGCGAACUAAAAUAUUACACAAAUGCUGCAGUAUUCUAUCAAUAUGUUAUUACUAUACAAGAUGAAAAGUUGAGCGUGGAGAGUAAAAAUGUAUUUAGCAAACAAGAACUGGCACACCCAUAUCAGCAAUUAUCCUACCUACAAGAGUUGAUAUUUUCUGAAAUUGGUGGAGACAAAGAGAAAAUGGCAGUUUUUCAAAACGAAGUGAAAAGUAAUAAAAAACUAUUAUUAACAAUGCGAAAAAAAACUGAUCAAGAGAUGCAAGAAAUAGAAUCCUAUUAUCAAAAGGCAAGGAUUGGAAAUCAAGAGGAAAAACAAAAAUACCAAGUGUUAUAUGUAAAUGCCGCAAGAGAGUUAUUUGAAAAGAUAGCUGAUAAAAUGAAAGAUUUUUUGGCUAAACUAUUCAAAAAAGCUGAAGCAAUGCUAAGUAAACCACCUUGUAAAUAUGCAGUCAUAGGACUUGGUUCAAUGUCACUAAAGCAAAUGACACCAUAUUCAGAUUUAGAGUUUGCCAUUAUCACGGAAAAUAAGGAUUAUAAACGAAGUGAUGAUAUAAAAAUAAAAGAUUACUUUAAAAACUUAACCCAUUUAGUAAAUUUUAAGAUAAUCAAUCUAGGAGAGAGUAUUAUUCCUACCAGUAAAUAUGGUUUAGAUAUGAGUCAUUUAGUGCAUAGGGGAGUUAACUUUGAUUUAGGCGGCAAAACUCCACUUGGCAGAGUAGAAGGAGACAAACCAUAUGAGUUAAUACGAACAGUCGAUGAUAUGCUGUGGUAUGUAUAUAAUAAGGCAGAUCAUGCUAGUCAUAUAGAUAAGAACCUUCCAUAUAUAUUAGAAAAUAUUUGUUAUGUACAUGGAGAUAAGAAACUUGUGAAAACUUAUCUAUGUAAGGUUACAAAGUUUUUGCACAGCAAAAACGAAGAUGAUGAGCAAGGUAGAUUAAACUGUGAGAUAAGAGCCAUAAACGUACUAAAAAAGGGAUCAGUGGAAGUUGAUUAUCUAACACUGGAUAUGAAAGCUAAAAAAACUCAUGGAGACCUAGAUAGACUACAACCUGAAUUAUUUCUUUCUGAAGGCCGCUUGUUUGACGUUAAACAGGAGAUUUACAGAUUACCUGAUCGUCUAAUGUACAAUCUUGGUCUAUAUUAUGGUAUUAGAGGAGAUAGUGGCUGGGAUACAGUGGAUAAAUUAGAAGAGCAAGGAAUAAUCAAUCGACAAGCAGCAGUUUAUCUGAGAAAUGUCAUAACAUUUGCAACAAUCCUCAGAUUAAAGACCUACUCUUACCAUAAAGCACAGAAGGAGGAUAUGUCGAUAUUUGUUAGACCAGCUGAAACUGCAUCUGAAAUCAAAGAACAAAUUAAAUAUAUAUUCCAUUUAUCCGAAGCAGAUUUAGAAGAAGAAGGAAGGUUGUUUCAAUAUUUUUAUACUGCUCUACCAUUGUAUAGGAGAUUAGAGGAAUUUUGUACUCAAUAUCAAGUAUUAAGUAAAGAAAGUAGGCAAACAUUUUUUAAGGAAAGUAACUUUUAUGAGGACAAUACAGCUAAUAAAGGUUUUAUCCAUUAUCGAUUAGCACAAUAUAAGGAUGCUCAAAGCAACUUAGAAGUAGGAUUAGAUGAUUUAAACAAUCAAUGUGAUUUGCAAGAGAGACUAACAUUGGGACUUAUAUACAACAAAUUUGGUAAAAACAAUCAGGCUAUAGAACAAUAUGAGUUUUGUUUAAAUAUUUUGAAGCUCACCUAUCAGGAUAAACUUCAUCCGGAUGUUGUUGCUUGUUUAAUUAAUCUAGGGAACGCUUAUGAAGCUAAAGGAGAUUAUAAACAGGCAAUUAAGUACUAUAAGGAGAGCCUAAAGAUAAACAAACUCAUCUACCAAGAUAAAGCUCAUCCGUAUGUUGCUAUGUCUUUCAAUAAUCUAGGCUGCAUUUAUAAUAAUAAAGGACACUAUGAACAGGCAAUUAGAUACUAUAAAGAUUGCCUAAAGAUGAACAAGCUUAUCUACCAAGAUCAACCUCAUCCAGAUGUUGCUAAUUCUUUCAAUAAUGUAGGGAACGCUUAUUAUGAAAAUGGACAAUAUGAACAAGCAAUGAAGUACUACGAGGAGAGCCUAAAGAUGAAUAAAAUCAUCUACCAAGAUGAACCUCAUCCGUUUAUUGCUACUUCUUUCAAUAAUCUAGGGAACGUUUAUAAUGAUAAAGGACAAUAUGAACAGGCCAUUAAGUACUAUGAGGAGAGCCUAAACAUAGAACAACUCAUUUUCAAAGAUAAACUUAAUCCGUCUGUUGCUUCCUUAUUUAAUAAUUUAGGGAUUGCUUAUAAUGAAAAAGGACAAUUUCAAAAAGCAAUUAGAUACUAUGAGGAUUGCCUUAGGAUGAGAAAAUGUUUCUAUCAAGAUCAACCUCAUCCGGAUGUUGCUACUACUCUCAAUAAUCUAGGGAACGUCUAUUAUGAUAACGGACAAUAUAAACAGGCGAUUAAGUACUAUGCGGAGAGUCUAAAGAUGAACAAACUCAUCUACCAAGAUAGACCGCAUCCGGAUGUUGCUACUUCUUUUAAUAACUUAGGGAGCACCUACAUUGCUAAAGGACAGUAUGAAAAGGCAAUAAGGUACCAUAAGGAGAGCCUAAAGAUGAGAAUACUUAUCUACCAUGAUAAACUACAUCCAGAUAUUGCUAUUGCUUUAAAUAAUCUUGGAAUUUCUUAUAACGCUAAAGGAAAAUAUGAACAGGCAAUUAAGUACUUUGAGAACAGCCUUAAGAUAAACAAAUUCAUAUACCAGGAUGAACCUCAUCCGGAUGUUGCUGCUUCACUACAGAGUCUAGGGUUCGCUUUUUACUUUAAGGGGAACUAUGAACAGUCAAUUAAGUAUCAUAAUGAAAGCCUAACGAUGAAAAAGCUUAUCUUCCAAAAUGAGUCUCAUCCGUUGGUUGCUGAUUCUUUCAAUAAUCUAGGAUCAGCGUAUAGAGCUAAAGGACAGAACAAACAGGCGGUUAAGUACUUUAAGGAGAGCCUUAAAUUAAAAAAACUCAUCUACCAAGAUGUACCUCAUCCGUCUGUUGCUGCUUCUUUCAAUAAUUUAGGGGUUGUUUCUAAAGAUAAAGGACAAUAUGAUCAGGCAAUUACGUACUAUGAGGAAAGCCUAAAGAUAAACAAACUUGUUUAUCAAGAAAAACCUCAUCCCGAUUUGGCAACUACUUUUAAUAAUCUAGGAAGAGUUUAUGAUGCUAAAGGAUAAUAUGAACAGGCGAUUAAGUACCAUAAGGAGAGUCUAAUGAUAAACAAACUCAUCUACCAAGAUGAACUUCAUCCUAAUGUAGCUGCCACUUUUAAUGAUCUAGGUGAAAUGUAUAGAAAGAAAGGAAAAUAUGAACAGGCAAUUAAGCUCCACAAAGAGAGCUUAAAGAUAAAAAAAAUCAUUUACCAAGAUGAACCUCAUUCGUCUGUCGCUGCUUCUUUCAAUAAUCUAGGGUUAGCUUAUAAAGAUAAAAAACAAUAUGAACAGGCCAUUAAGUGCUACGAGGAAAGCAUAAAGAUAUACAAACUCGUCUACCAUGAUAAACCUCAUCCGUUUGUUGCUAAUACUUUCAAUAAUAUAGGGAACCUUUAUAUUGCUAAAGGACAAUAUGAACAGGCGAAUAAGUACUAUGAGGAGAGCCUAAAGAUAUACAAACUCGUCUACCAUGAUAAACCUCAUCCGUAUGUUGCUAAUACUUGCAAUAAUAUAGGGAACCUUUAUAUUGCUAAAGGACAAUAUGAACAGGCAAUUAAGUACCAUGAGGAGAGCCUAAUGAUGAAAAAACUCAUCCAUCAUAAUGAGCCUCAUCCGGAUAUUGCUGCCUCUUUUAAUGAUCUAGGUGAUAUGUAUGGAAAAAAAGGACAAUAUGAACAGGCAAUUAAGUACUAUGAGGAGAGCCUAAAGAUGAACAAGCUCGUCUACCAAGAUGAACCUCAUCCGAAUGUUGCUAAUACUUUUAAUGAUCUAGGAAACGUUUAUAAUGCCUACAAACAGUAUGAUCAGGCAAUUAAGUGCUAUGAAGAAAGUCUUAUGAUGAGUAAACUUAUUUACCAAGAUAAACCUCAUCCGGAUGUUGCUGCUCCUUUGGAUGGUCUAGGGUUAGCGUAUAAUGCCAAAGGACAAUAUGAAAUGGCGAUUAAGUACCAUGAGGAGAGCUUAAAGUUAAACAAACUCAUCUACCAAGAUGAACCUCAUCCGUCUAUUGCUGAUUCUUUCAAUAAUCUAGGAUUAACAUAUAGAUAUAAAGGACAAUAUGAACAAGCGAUUAGGUACUACGAGGAGAGCCUAAAGAUAAAUAAACUCAUUUACCAUAUUGAACCUCAUCCGAUUGUUGCUGUUUCUUUCAAUAAUUUAGGACUAGCGUAUAGAGCUAAAGGACAAUAUGAUCAAGCGAUUAACUAUCUUAUCCAAGCCUUAAAAUUGUUAUCAGUUUUUCAGGCUAAUCCUUUUGAAGAUUUUAUAAAAAAUAAUUUAACAGAAACAGCCAUAUUAUUUGCUGAAAAAUAUUCUUUAAAUCCACAACAAAUUAAAGAAAAAAUUUUUUAUUUUGCUUCUGAAGGAUUAGAUUUUACAGAUUAUGAACUACAUUUUGCCCUUGCAUUAUCUCAAAGUAACAAUAGUGAAAGUCAGCAGCGAGUUGAAGAAAUGAUAGAAGAAUAUACAUUAGCCCUGGUAUUUCUUCCAAAGGAAGAAUCAGAAAUUAAACUAAAAUUAUGUUAUAAAUUAGCUGAACUCACAGGGCAGGAUCCUAAAAUCAUUGAAUUAGAGCUGUUGUAGCAGAAUCGUAUACAGAUAAGAUACAAAAAUAAUUUGAUUUUGGGGUUAACAUUGGUCAUAUGCCAAUGAUGUUGAUAAUGUAUCAACAUUAAUUCAAGCAGAAGCUGAUACUAAUUUACCUAAUAGUUGUUAAAUUCCUCUUUAUAUUACUCUUCGAAUAUGAAAAAAGCUAAAUUAUUACCAGGAAUUAGAGCAUGGUACCCAAUAAUAUAUCAGUCAUAAAGAAGCUAUAAAAUUAAUACUGCUGACAGAGCUAAUAUUUAUAUCCAAAUUGUUGAUGGAAAAACACUAUUAUAUUGUUUUUUAGAAGAAAAGGCUAUUAAUUUAGGUGCUAAAUAAAAAAUAAAACAAAUAUUAUGGCUUUUGUAUGAUAUAUUAUUUAUGGACAAGAACGGUAAAACAAUUAUAA